CAGACUAACUCCUUGGCUACUGGCAUACACACAUCAUGGGACUCUGGGCUGCGUCACAAAGGCGCAGUAUUGUGCCCUUGACCUUUUACUCUAUGUGACCCCCCCCCCCCUUUCAAGUAUAGCACCAAAACACUAUACUAACAUUAACGUUUAGCAUAACUAAAACCAAUAUGUUUACGCUUCAGUUCAGUCAUUAAUUAUUAAAAAAAACUCUUCCAUACAGUGAAAAAAAACAAGUAUUUGAACACCCUGCUAUAUUGUUAAGUCCCACUUAGUAAUCAUGGAGGUGUCUAAAAUGUUCAUCGUCGGUGCAUCUCCACUGUGGGGUGUCAGCAGGAGCACUGGUGGUGGUUAAGUCCUGCUCUGCUGGCUAACGCUGUCCAUCUUGAUCCGUCGGCUGAGGAACAUCCAUCUUUCGUGAUGAUGACUGCUCCUGGUUGACUAGCUGGAUGUGGCGGCAGUUUCGUUGCAGGGUGUCGCCUUAUCCCUCUCCAGUGUAAAGGAACGUCACGCAGCCUCCUGGCACUGCACAGUCGCCGGUGUUGUCCAAGCCUUUUCCACAUCAAUCUUCAAUCUGACUUUGCCACCGAUGGAGAGUGAUGGUAGAGGCUUGGCGCAGUACCUACGGUUGUAGUAUUUCUUGUAGGACUGUUUUGCUUUCACAUCAUUUCUCUUGACAGUCUCUAGGUUAGGCCACAUUGGCCGCAGCCUCUCUUUGAGUACGAGGAGAGUUGUACGGAUUUCUCGGCCCAUUAGCAACUUGGCAGGACUUUGCCUAGUUGGCUCUGUUGGUGUUGAACGGUAGCCCAGAAGAGCUAGGUGAGGGUUGUCUUGCUUGAGAAUCCCCUUGCCAGUCUUCACAGCACGUUCUGCCAUGCUGUUGGACUGUGGGAAAAGAGGGCUCGAAGUAACAUGCUGGAAGUCAUACUCAGCUGUAAAGUUUUCUAACUUUUCAGCUGAAAACUGAGGACCGUUAUCUGUCCUCGCUCCUCUGGAAUCCCGUAGCGUGUGAAGAUCCUUUUCUGCUUCUGUAUGCCUGUUUCUGAGUUUGUCUUUGGCAAGUCUAGGAUUUCGAGCCAUGUGGAAAUGUAGUCUAUCAGGAUUAAGUAGUGACGACUUUUGAACUCACACAGGUCAGCUGAUAGAUAGGUUAGAUUGGAUGUUUUGGAGACAGUGUUCGAGAAAGCAGACUCCAAUGGUUUGAACAUGUCCAGAGGCGAAAGAGUAUAGUAUAUUGGUAGAAGGGUGCUGAGGAUGGAUCUGCAAGGCAAAAGAACGAGGAAAACCAAAGAGGAGGUAAUGGAUGUUGUGAGGGAAGCAUGAGGGCAGUUGGUGUUUGAGAGGAAGAUGCAGGAGAUCGACUAAGAUGGAAAAAGAUGAGACGCUGUGACGACCCCUAAUGGGAAAAGCCGAAAGGAAAAAAAGAUAUAUAAGGAUAUGUACAUAUACAGUGCCUUGUGAAAGUAUUGAACAACCUGCUAUAUUGCAACUUGUCCCACUUAUAAAUCAUGGAGGGUUCUGAAGUUUUUCAUCGUAGGUGCAUGUCCAUUGCGAUCCAGAAAUCACAAUGUAUGAUUUUUUUUUAACAAUUUAUUUGUGUGAUACAGCUGCAAAUAAGUAUUUGAAUACCUGCCUUUCAGCUGGAAUUCUGACCCUAAAAGACCUGUUAGUCAGCCUUUAAAGGUCCACCUCCACUACAUGUAUUACCCUGAAUCAGAUGCACCUGUGUAAGGUCAUUAGCUGCAUAAAGAUACCUGUCCACCCCAUACAAUCAUUAAGACUCUAACUUGUAAAAUGGCCAAGACCAAAGACCUGUCCAAAGACACCAGAGACAAAAUUGUACAACUCCACAUGGCUGGAAAAGGCUAUGGAGAAAUUGCCAAGCAGCUUGAUGAAAAGUGCUGGAGCCUAUCCAAGCUGUCAAAGGGCAGGAGGUGGGGUAAACCCUGAACUGGUUGUCAGCUAAUCGCAGGGCACAUAGAGACAAACAGCCGCACUCACAAUCACACCUCGGGGCAAUUUAGAGUGUACAAUUAGUGUUGCAUGUUUUUGGGAUAUGGGAGGAAAACGGAGUACCUGGAGAAAACACACGCAGCCACAGGGAGAACAUGCAAACUCCACACAGGCGGGGCUGGGAUCUGAACCCCGGUCCGCAGAACUGUGAGGCCAAUGCUCUACACCUGCGCAACCGUGGCUCAAUAUCAAUAUCUUCUUUUCCAUUUGGCUUGUCCCGUUAGGGGUCGUCACAGCGUGUCAUCUUUUUCCAUGUAAGCCUAUCUCCUGCAUCUUCCUCUCUCACACCAACUGCCCUCUUGUCUUCCCUCACAACCAUCCAUCAACCUUCUCUUUGGUCUUCCUCUUGCUCUUUUGCCUAACAGCUCCAUCCUCAGCACCCAUCUCCCAAUAUACUCACUCUCUUGCCUGCUUUCUCGAACCUUGCUACCAAAACAUCCAACUUUGGCUGUCCCUCUAAUGAACUCAUUUUGAAUCCUAUCCAACCUGCUCACUCCUAGAGAGAACCUGAACAUCUUAAUUUCUGCCACCUCAAGUUCUGCUUCCAGUUGUCACUGCCACCGUCUCUAAUCCAUGCAUCAUGGCCAGCCUCAUCACUGUUUUAUAAACUUUGCCCUUCAUCCUAGCAGAGACUCUUCAGUCACAUAACCUUCCGCCAGCUAUUGCAGCCUCCUUGGACCAUUUUUUUUCACUUACUUGCCACACUCACCACUGCUCUGGAUUGGUGACCCCUCGUGUUUGAAGUCGGGCACUCUCGCUAUCUCUUCUCCCUGGAGUCUCACUCUUCCCCCUCCACCCCACUCAUUUACGCACAUGUAUUGUGUUCUACUAAUCUACAUUCCUCUCCUUUGCACCGCAUGCCUCCAUCUUUCGAAUUGUUCCUCCGCCUGCUCUCUGCUUUCACUGCAUAUCACAAUAUCAUCUGCGAACAUCAUAGUCCAAGGAGAUUUCAGUCUAACAUCAUCUAUCAACCUAUCCAUUACCACAGUAAACUGGAACAGGCUCAGAGCCAAUCCCUGAUGCAGUCCCACCUCCACCUUGAAUUCUUGUUACACCUAUGGCACACCUCACCAUUGUUCUGCUGCCGUCAUACAUGUCUUGUACUAGUCGAACAUAUUUCUUUGCCACACCAGACUUACGCAUGCAGUACUACGAUUCCUUUCUUGGCACACUGUCAUAGUUUUUUUUAAAGAUCCACAAAGACACAAUGCAGCUCCUACUGACCUUCUCUGUACUUUUCCACGAACAUCCUCAAAGCAAAUAAUGCAUCUCUGGUCCUCUUUCUAGGCAUGAAACCAUACUGUUGCUCGCAGAUAAUUACUUUUGUCCUGAGUCUAGCCUCCACUAGUCUUUCCCAUAACUUCAUUGUGUUGCUCUCCAGCUUUAUUCUUCUAUAGUUUCCACAGCUCUUCCCCCUUACUCAUCAUUCCCACUUCCCGGUCCUUCAUAUUUACCUCUUCUACUCUUCUCUCUCAUUUUCUUCAUUCAUCAACUUCCAAAAGUAUUGCUUCCAUGUAAUUAGCACACUACUGGGACCAGUCAACACAUUUGCAUCUUAUCCUUAAUCACCCUUACCUGCUGCACACCCUUCCCAUCUCUAUCCCUCUGUCUGUCCAACUUGUAGAGAUCCUUUUCAUCCUUUAUACAUUUUUAUCAAUAUAUAUUUAUAAGACCAAUCCAAUGCUAAUGAAUUUAGUUAGUUAUUUUCUUAGCCGUUUACCCUCACGGGGGUCGUGGGUGUGCUGGAGCCUAUUCCAGCUGUCAAUGGGCAGGAGGCAGAGUACACCUUGAACUGGUUGCCAGCCAAUCGCAGGGCACAUCGAGACACACAGAUACACUCACAAUCACACCGAGGGGCAAUUCAGACUCUCCAAUUAAUGUUGCAUGUUAUUGGGAUGUGGGAGGAAACAGGAGUGCCCGGAGGAAACCCAUGCAGGCACGGGAAGGACAUGCAAACUCCACACACGUGGGUCCGGGAUUGAACCUAGGACCUCAGAACUGUGAAGCCAACGCUUUCCACCUGAACCUCUGUGCCGCCCCAGUUAAGUAGUCAUAUUUAACUUCAAUAAAAUUACAUUAUGAUUUUCACAUCAUGUUCAACCAACAUUUAAUUGAAUAGACUACGAAUACAAGAUAUUUAAUGUUCAAAUGGAUCAACUUUAUUGCUUUUAGCAAUUAAUCAUUAACUUUUAAUUUUAUGGCUGCAACACAUUCCAAAAACCUGGGACAGGUGGGAAAGAAAGACUGGGAAAGUUGAGGAAUAACUGUGUCAAGAAUAUCACCACAAGGGCUCAGGAACACUUCAGAAAACCAACGUCAGUAACUCCAGUUCGGUGCUACAACUGUAAAUGGAGGGGCUGGAAUUUGAACUUCAGUCAUCCGAACUGUGAGGUAUACGCUCUAACCAAGAGUCCACUGUGGCGCCUGUAUACAUGGUAUAGUUUGAUUAUAUACUGUGUAUGUGUGUGUGUUUGUGUUAUCAUGUGUAACGUUUUUAUUUUGAGUGUUAGCCAAAGCAGUAAUCUAUUCAAGAUUAUUUUCUGGCGGUAAAUAGUACCAUAUAAAAUGAAGGAGAAGAAAGAAGGAAAAAGAAAAACAAUAAAGAAAAGAAAAACAAAAAUAAUGAAUGAAUGAAUGGUGGCGCUUCAUAGGUAUGAGCAGUUGGAAGACACGCUACACAUCUGCGUGAACAUGGCAACACAGAGCUAGUGGGGGCGAACGGCAGCGCAUUGAAUGCCCGUGGAUGGGAAAAAAAAAACAACAACAACAAACAAACAAGGAUGCCUGCACAUUAAACGAUGUUCGGUUGGACACCAUGCAGUUCAAUAACAACAAGCAAACGGAAUAAUUUUCAACCGGUCAAAACAAAAUGUAAUUAGAAUUUUUUUUAAUAUUAUAUAUAAAAAGAGCACAAUUUGACGUAAACAAAGAAUUAAACUUCGUCAAAACCGGUUCAGAAAUUAUCUACCUUUGACCUACUGUCAAUGACUAUGAACUGCCUUUGAUGGGAACAUUGCCUCCGUAAAUAUAGCCACCACGUAUGGACUUUGCUUAACCAGGUGUGGGCGUAUCUCCUCUCUAUUCAUACCUGUGGGCUGGGGGCAACAAUGAACAAAAACAACAACAACAACAACAACCAGCUCAUAUUGACGGAACGAAUGCCGAAGAUAACUCGAUUGCGACCUCUGCAUCCAACAUUGGUUCCGCCAUGGUCAACAGGCUCUGACUUCUGGUCAGGGUAAAAAGCACGGUAGGAAACUAUCUGCGUAUGUUUCGAGGCUCUUUAUACAAAAGAUAUCCGUCGUUAUGGAGGAGGCUUGCUUCAGUUGAAGAGAGAAAGAAAAUUGUAGCGUCAUCACAUGCCACCAGUGUUACUCUGCUGAAGGCUUCUGAGUGUGAGGAGAUCUUUGAAGGUAAUGAUGACAAAUACAAGGCAGUGUCUAUCAGCACAGAGCCACCGGCGUACCUCAGGGAGCAGAAAGCCAAAAGAAGCAGUCAGUGGGUCCCAACGCUGCCCAAUAGCUCCCACCAUUUAGAUGCAGUACCUUGUUCCACUACCAUCAACCGGAACCGAAUGGGUCGGGACAAGAAGAGGACCUUCCCACUGUGCUUUGAUGAUCAUGAUCCUGCUGUGAUCCAUGAGAAUGCUGUCCAAGUAGAGGUGCUGGUUCCUAUCCGUCUUGACAUGGAGAUAGAUGGGCAAAAACUCAGAGAUGCUUUCACAUGGAACAUGAAUGAAAAACUGAUGACCCCUGAGAUGUUUGCAGAAAUUCUGUGCGAUGACUUGGACCUGAAUCCUCUGACUUUUGUCCCUGCCAUCACCUCAGCCAUACGCCAACAAAUUGAGUCAUACCCCACUGACAGCAUUUUAGAGGAGCAGGCAGACCAGAGAGUCAUAGUCAAGCUCAACAUUCAUGUGGGAAAUAUCUCACUUGUGGACCAGUUUGAAUGGGACAUGUCAGAACAUGAGAACUCUCCUGAGUCCUUUGCUCUGAAGCUCUGCUCUGAAUUGGGUCUUGGAGGGGAAUUUGUGACCACUAUUGCCUACAGCAUUCGAGGACAACUCAGCUGGCACCAGCGAACAUAUGCAUUCAGUGAGAACCCACUACCAACAGUGGAGAUUGCCAUUCGUAACACAGGUGAUGCAGACCAGUGGUGUCCUCUCUUGGAGACACUCACAGAUGCAGAAAUGGAAAAGAAGAUUCGAGACCAAGACAGGAACACAAGACGUAUGAGACGACUGGCCAAUACUGCUCCGUCCUGGUAGAAAGAAGUCGGAAGCUACACUGAUGCUCUGUACUACAAGAGGUCCUCUGGAGAUGAAGCAAUGAUUGAGAAUACUCACACAAACGUGUGGAUACAAGUCGGAAAUUUCUUCAUUUGUAGUCAGUGUACACACACUGAGGAAAGAGAUUUUUGGAACAAAGGACGUACAGUAUGAGCAUACCCAAUGCCGUCUAUGAUUUUAGGAUGAAAUGUUAAGAUGUUUGAUGUUAGAUUCAACAUUAUUUCGAUGACUACAGUUCCUCAAACAUAUUUUUAAUUAUUCUACAAAUUCUAUACAUAUUUUAAGAUAACAGGCACGCCCACAACCGUUUUGAGGAUAAGCAGUACAGCGAAUGGGUGGAUGAAUGUGUAUAAAAUGUUUCAGAGGUCAUCUGAAGCUACAUCUGAUUUGUCCUUAAGUACAUUCACCUGAAACCUAAAACGUUCAUACAUGCAUAACCAAUUAUAUACAGUGUCUUGUGAAAGUAUUGCCCCCCCCUUGAACUUUUCAACCUUUUGCCACAUUGCAGGCUUCAAACAAAUAUAUAUAUAUAUUUUUUUAUUUUUAUUUUUUUUUUUGUCAAGAAUCAAGAACAAGUGGGACACAAUCUUGAAGUGGAACAAAAUGUAUUGGAUAUUUUAAACUUUUUUUGGGGCAAAUAAAAACCUGAAAACUGGGGCAGGCAAUAUUAUCCGGCCCCCUUCCAUUAAUACUUUUUAGUACCACAUUUUGCUGCAAUUACAGCUGCAAGUCGGUUGGGGUAUGUCUGUAUCGGUUUUGCACAUCGAGAGACUGAAAUUCUUGCCCAUUCUUCCUUGCAAAACAGCUCGACCUCAGUGAGGAUGGAUGGAGAGCGUUUGUGAACAGUCUUCAGCUGUGCCCACAGAUUCUUGAUUGGAUUCAGGUUUGGACUUUGACUUGGUCAUUCUAACACCUGGAUACGUUUAUUUAUGAACCAUUCCAUUGUAGAUUUGGCUUUAUCUUUUGGGUCUUUUUCGUUUUGGAAGAUAAAUCUCCGUCUCAGUCUCAGGUCUUUUGCACACUCCAACAGGUUUUCUUCCAGGAUGGUCCUGUAUUUCACUCCAUUCAUCUUCACAUCAAUUUUAACCAUCUUCCCAGUCCGUGCUGAAGAAAACCAGGCUCAAUCCAUGAGGCUGCCACCACCAUGUUUGACAGUGGGGAUUGUGUGUUCAGGGUGAUGAGCUGUGUUGCUUUUACACCAAACAUAUCGUUGUGCAUUGUGGCCAAAAAGUUUGAUUUUGGUUUCAUCUGACUAGAGCACCUACUUGCACAUGUUUGGUGUGCCUUCCAGGUGGCUUGUGGCAGACUUUGCAGGAGACUUUUUAUGGAUAUCAUUGAGAAAUGGCUUUCUUCUUUCCACUUUUCCAUAAAGGCCAGAUUUGUGCAGUGUAUGUGAUCUACAGUGAAAGCAGGGAGCAGGCAGAUUAGAAAGAAAUGAGAAAGAUAGAGGUACGCACUGGAAAGGAGAGGAAUGAAGAUUAGCCGAAGUAAAACAGAAUAUAUGUGCAUGAAUGAGAGGGACGGAGACAGAGUGAAGCUCCGGGGAGAAGAGAUAGCGAGUGUGGACGACUUCAAAUACUUGGGGUCAACAAUACAGAGCAAUGGUGAGUGUAGUAAGGAAGUGAAGAAACGAGCAGACUUUGAUGGUUUGGACAUGACAAGAGGCGUGAUAGUAUAUUGGUAGAAGGGUACUGAGGAAGGACCUCUCAGGCAAAUGAGCAAGAGGAAGACCAAAGAAAAGAUUGAUGGGUGUUGUGAGGGAGGACAUGAGGACAGUGGGUGCUAGAGAGGAAGAUGAUGGGCUUAAAUGUAAAAAGGUGACACGCUGUGGCAACCCCUAACAGGAUAAGCUGAAAGAAAAAGAUAAUGAUGACUGAUUGUUGUUGUCUGGACAGACUCUCCCACCUCAGCUGUAGAUCUCUGCAGUUCAUCCAGAGUGAUCAUGAGCCUCUUGGCUGCAUCUCAGUCUUCCCUUUGUUCAAGGUGAAAGUUUAGAGGGAUGGCCGGGUCUUGGUAGAUUUGCAGUGGUCUGAUACUCCUUCCAUUUCAAUAUAAUUGCUUGCACAGUGCUUCUUGAGAUGUUUAAAGCUUGGGAAAUCUUUUUCUAUCCAAAUUUGGCUUUAAACUUCUCCAGAACAGUAUCUCGGACCUGCCUGUUGUUUUCCUUGGUUGUCAUGAUGCUCUCUGCACUUUAAACAGAACCUUGAGACUAUCACAGAGCAGGUGCAUUUAUACGGAGACUUGAUUACACACAGGCGCAUUCUACUUAUCAUUAUCAGUCAACAUCAGAUCAUUCAGAGAUCCUCACUGAACUUCUGGAGUGAGUUUGCGGAACUAAAAGUAAAGGAGCCGAAUAGUGUUGCACGCCCCACGAUUCAGUUUUUAUUUGUUAAAAAAAUCUAAAAGAUCCAAUUAAUUUUGUUCCACUUCAGAAUUGUGUCCCAUUUGUUGUUGAUUCUUGACAGAAAAUAUUUUUUAUAUUUUUAUGUUUGAAGCCUGUAAUGUGGUGAAAGGUUGAAAAGUUCCAGGGGGCUGAAUACUUAUACAAGGGACUGUACAAUAUAAAUAUGUAGUCAGUGUAACCACUACUUCCUCUUAUCAACGAGUCCAUACAUGCACGUAUUUAUUUCUCUACCCAUCGAUACUAAUCUUUCACAAAUUAUUUUAAAGAAAUCUGUAAUUCCCUUCCAAUACCUAAAUCCUUCAUUUUCACAUUGACGGUUUUAGUUAUCACCUAUUUUUGGGGCUUAUACAUAAGUCCUUGGAUCUGGACAAUCUGGUACACUGUAAAACUUUAAAAUAUAGGCUUCACCAAGCUAAAUGUAUUGUUCAAAAUACCGCAAAAUGUGGACCGAAUGUCUGAAAAAUAAGAAUAACUUACUAAUUCUUCCUGGUGGCCUGAUGUUGCUGUUUUUACAAUGUCUGAAAUGAUGAGCAAAUUCAUGUCAAUUCCAGCUCGGCUCAAGACAAGUUUAUAUGUAGAUGCCAUAAAUCAAUAGACUUUGGUCCUUUGCAUGCUUUAGACCCAUAGUUCAUACUGUACAGUAUGUUACACAUUACAUGGCAAAAUUGUUCAAAUAAUUAUUUUUGGCAUUGGGUGCUUGCCUCAGACUCAGGACCUCAGAUUGUCCCUGAGGUCUGUUACUAUGGCAUCUUAGAAUUGCUGUCCCAUCUUGUCAGAUUUGUUUAUAUUUGUAACACUGUCAUAGUUUGUUCUUUGUGAAAUUUUUGUUAGUAAUGAUAUAAUAAUACUUAAUAAAAACAUACAAAAAAACAUAAUAAAGGAACAUGCUAAACGUAUAUUCCUGAACAGCAUGUUUUUGUACCAUAGUAGUUUAUUGGACAUUAAGGUCAAGAUGCUUGUGCUUUUUCAAUCUAGGGUGGCUCAGCUGGAAUGUGUUGGCCUCACAGUGCUGAGGUCUCAGGUUCAAUCCCGGACCCACCUGUGAAAUGUAAUAUAAAA